GCAAAUAUAUCUGCGUUGCCAUACCCACCACAUCGCCACCACCACUCACACUUACAGCACAGUAUUCGCAUACUACAUUCGUAUAGUUGCAAAAAUUCUAUAUAUAAAAUAAGCCGGUGUCCUUGAAUGCAACUCUUCUUCUCUUCACUAAAAUUCACUCUUCUCCUCUCUUCGCACACACACUUUUUGGUCAGUCUUCUCUACACUUGAAUUUCUCCACCGACCAUGGUCUCCACAUCUCCAUAGCAACUCAAAUUUUAUUUUAUAAAUCUGUCUUGUUGUACCUGAGAAACCAUGGAAACCUCGGAAAUUUAUAAUCUAAAAUGGGACGAGCACUACUCGAAAGUCGUGUUGGAGAGUUUCUGGAAUCUGCUGGGACAGGAGGUCCUCACCGAUUGCACGUUGGUCUGUAGCACCCCAGCGGAAUCAGUCCAAGUCCACCGCCUGAUCCUCUCUGCCAACUCCCCCUAUUUCCGAACUCUGUUAAAAACCCACUCGGCGCACCCACACCCGAUCAUUAUUUUACAUGAUGUGGAUCUUGCGGUGCUCAAGAUGCUCGUCACUUUUAUGUACAGGGGCGAGGUGAACGUGUCCUCCUCGACGUUCCCCCUUUUGUUGAAAACGGCAGAGAACUUGCAGAUAAUCGGCCUCAGUCAGAGUCAGCAACCUUCAAAUAAUCGGUUCUCGAACGCCGUCUCGAACAGUCCCGUGCAGACCACGCAUUACUCGAAAAAGGCGAGGAUUCUGGAGAAUUCCACGUUUGAUGGGGGGUUGAGAAAGGUGUCGAAUAGUGGGGGGAGUGGGGGUGGGGGAUUAAUUUGGGUGGGGUUGGGGGUGGGGGGUUUGGGGAGAACUCAAAUUCGUGGAGGGAUGUGGUGCAGGAGCAGCCGUUGUCCCUGCGCCGUCCGACGCCCCCCCUGCAGCCGCCCCUCCAGAUGAG